AUGCUCAGGCUUUGGGUUCAUGGAGGUGGUUGUAUAUUUACUUAUUUAGCCUUGUUAUUUGCUGCUGUGGAUUCCACUGGUCGCGAGUUUAACCGGAAUCGUCUGAUUUCUUUGAUGUCUGCAAUUGUUUUAGAAGAAGUAAUUUUGAACUUGACCUUCAUUGAUCUUCCUAGUUUGAGAAAAGUAGUUGGUCAACUACAGGACCUAGUGAUCCUAGUUACAAGCUUUCAGAAUGAAGACAAAGGACUAACGGUGUUGGCAUGUGAUGCUUUUGAUCAUCCCAUUCGGAAGGAUAUUAUCCACCGUGUUGUAAGAUGGCAGCUUGCAAAGUAG